AUGCCACGAGUCAAAAUUCUCAAGCGUACCGGGACGCACCCUCAACCGGAGCAGAAAUCUGCGAAAAAGCCGACCCCCGAAAAGACUGGAACACGAAAGACGGACGGAAAAAGGAAUACGGCACGGAAAAACUUGAAGGCGAACUUGGAAGAAGAGCCAAUGGAGCAAUUGGCAUUCGAGUCAGUGUUGCAAUUACAGAGAAACAUGCAAAAAGUGUUGUUUCAGAGAUGAAUCGAGUUCUCUGGCCGCAUCGGCAAUAGAAAACUAUUUUAUGCAAGGGAAGACGGCUGCGGAAUGCAUGAAUACGGCGAGAGUUCGGAGAGGAAGACGUGCUGCGAAUGCGGGAGACGACGAAGCUGAGGAGGAUGAAGACGUCGACAGUCUGACGGCAGAUUUCACCAAGUGCGAUCUUCCGGGUCUCCGUGACUACAUUGUCAGCCGAAACGAAUCUGACUCUGUCAUUGAACAACGCGCGAAUCUCGAAAGAACAGAAUUCGACAAGUGGGUUCUGUACCUCGCUUCCGGAUUCAAUAUUCUGAUCCAUGGAGUCGGUUCUAAACGCGAAGUGCUCACAAAGUUCGAGGAGAAACUAAAAGAUCUGACAUACAUGAGAGUGGACGCACGGAAAGAUGGGCUCAGCCCAAAGCACUGCUCUCCGCCAUCAAUAAGCACAUGAGUCUGAACCAGAAUGUAACAGAGAAAAGUUAUUUUGACUGAAACGGGCAGUUUUCAGAUCAGACGAGGACAGUCGACGAGCGAAUGGGCACGGGCGAUUCGACGUAAUCUAAAACGAGCCGCUCUGCAACUAAUUCUGAUAAUCGACAACAUUGAGGCACCGGACUGGAGGUGACACACUCAUAUUUUAAAAAGAUCAGAAUGAAUCCUUUCAGAAAUGAUCAAGAAGCGCUUUGCGAAUUGCUUGAAGAUCGGGAUAUUGUCAAACUGAUCGCGACUGUCGAUCAUGUCUAUUCCACUUUCAUUUGGAAUUCUGUACGUACUCUGUAACUCUUCUCUUCGAAAAUUUAUUUUCAGCGUCAAAUAUCAACUCUCUCUUUUGUUCAUAUCACCGUCAACACAUUCGAGAUUCCAUUCCACGAGCUUAUGACCGGAGAGUCACGUCUUCUUGGCCUUGAUGCCCGUUCCAAUCAAUCCUCGCACACAAUUUCUUCUCUUGACGUCUUUUGGAAAUCACUCGCUUCCAACUCUCAAAAAUUGUUCCGUCUCUUCUUCCAAAUGUAUUUCGAAACGAAGAAGCCGGUGAAGUUUUGGGAUCUCUUCAAUGCGGCCAAGUUCAAAAGAAAAACCGUUAUGGCUCAUUUCAUUCUGUCAUUUCAGGGACGAUUUUAUAGCCUCAACUGACGCCGCUCUCCGUACGCAGCUCGUCGAAUUCAAAGAUCAUCGGGUUCUGAAGUGAGUGCAUUUCUGCAUAAAUUCGUGUCUCAAUUGUCCCUGAACCCUUCAACAUUUGAACAUAUGCCUGCCAGAUGCCCAUCUCCGUUUUCCAGGUGGACUCGCGGUGACGACGGGAACGAUCAGCUGUCCGGAAUGGUCGAAUUGAAGCUGGUAACCGAAUUUCUCGAGUCGAAGGGCAUGCCGUUGGUCGUCGAGAAAGACGAGUAG